ACGCUGCAAUUCUGACAUGUCAUUGCUGAAAAACUGAAAGUGCUAAAACUUUUAUUCUAAACUGUGGCGCGAAUUUUAAACGAGUAUAUCUGUUGUCGUAUUCCAUCACUUGCACUGUUUCACCCUUUAGAAAUGAGUGUUCUCAUCUAAACUAUGUGACGAAAAUGCUUCGACAGUUUUCAGAAAACGGCUCGCACCUGCAGUAUAUUAAAGAAGGGGAGCAUUCAGGGACUUCUUGUGAAAAACCCCACUUAAAAUAGUUGGGGUACAAGGAAAAAGGAGUUGCAAGUGUUCUAGGAAGUAACGAUUUACUCGAAGGUGCGCUGGUAAAAUCAAUCAUGGUAAUACAUGCGUUACUUUUAAUGUCCUACGUUUUUCUGAAAUUAUUUACUCUUUGAAAUAUAAAAAAAAAUGUUUCUUUUUUAAAUAAUUCUUUUUCUGAAGGCGUAGUUCGCGCAGGCGUCCCGUAGGACAGUAAUAUUGGGAGCGCUGUUCACGCAAAAUUCUCAGUAUACGGUUUGCCGCGAAAGGGGAUUUUACUACCCUUAAUUUAAUCGAACCAGUCACGUAGGUAUCGUCUGAGCGUUAAAAUUUGUUGCACAAAAUUGUUAAAACAAUCAGCGUUUGAACAUACCAAUAAAUGAAGUCCGUUAAAAGAAUUGCUUAAGAAACUUUUUUACAGACUUCUAGUUUUAGUGCAGAGUUACAGUUACCAAAAAUUAGAUAAAAUGGAAUGGUACUGGAAAUGAAGAGAUACGCAAAGCUUAGUAUGGUGGACGUGUUUCGCUGGAAUAUGAGGAUAUUAAUAGUUCUGGAAAUGCUUCGUCAUGUUGCAGCAUCAGAGAACGAAACGGUUCCAGUAUUUUUAUCGGACGAAUCUAGAACACAGUUUGGCAACAUGAGCCAAAAACUAACGACAGUGAAUGCAACGACAGAAGCGGGGACAACAACAGCCCCCAGUAACGUUCCGUUACGAGAACAAAUUUCGACCACAGUGGCGACAGUUACGCGGCACCUUUUGUUAACUUCGACCAGCAGUAAAGGUUUGGUGCGGCAUAGUUUUGCGCGAGGUAUGCCACCGUUACAUGUCCCUUAUCUACCCCAUAACCCGCACUCACGUUGGGGACCGUUCUUCGAAGAAGGACAGGAAACCGUCAACGUUACGGCCAGAGUGGGAUCCACGAUUAUUUUGGAUUGCCGCAUCGGUUUGCUCCAGGAUAAAACGGUAAUGUGGUUGCAUCACAAAAAAGACUCGAUCCAUCUUUUGACUGUAGGACGGGCUGCUUAUAGCCGGGACGAGAGGAUAAAUCUUAGUUUCAGAUACCCUAACAAUUACCGGCUCGAAAUAGUGUUUGUCAAUCGGAGGGAUGAAGGGUUGUACGAGUGUCAAGUGGCAACACACCCACCGAAAGUCAAGAGACUAUAUCUCAAAGUAACCGCUCCGGAAAUAUCGAUAGUGGAUGAAUCAAAAAGGGAAGUAUCCGAACGUUAUUAUAAAGCAGGAAGUGCACUCGAAUUGACAUGUAUUGCAUCCCAGGUCGGCGGUCCAGGCGAGAGUCAACCAAUAUUUUGGAGGCAUGUAGAGAAAAUACUCACAAAUGGAAUAAGUACCAAUAAUACCAACGAUACUCAGACUAAUGAGUCCGUGUAUUCCAGUUUGACUAUUGAACCGCUAGAAAAACAUCAUUCUGGAAAUUAUUCAUGCUCAAUAGGAACUGUUACAUCAGCCAGUGUUAUGGUUCAUGUUCUUAAUGGUGAGUUACCAGCUGCAGUGCACCAUGGAAAUAACUCUAACGUUAUGCAAUUAGGAUCUAGAUGGCUAUUAUUGUUCAGUAUUCUUUUGGUAUAUUCAAGGUGACAAAAUUACUUCUAAAAAGGGCUCGAUUACAGAAGGUUAGACACAUUCUUUCACGCAUAAAUUCUUAUAUAAAAUUUACCAUAUCAUAUUUAAGAAAAAUUCCAAUUUUAUCGUCAAAAUUUUCAAUCGAAAUUAAUUGAAGUUUCGUACCCUGCGAUUUGUGAAUAAUUUAAAAAGAGAAGCGGGGCACUGUAUACGCCCUCUCUCUUUAUUGACCAGAAUUAGCAACCUAAUUGUAAGACCAAAUCAACUCGAUAGUAAAGCAGUUAUUAAAAAUAAUAUUAUCUUUCGACCAAGUCAUAACAAUAACAAAUUAUGAUGCGGAAUAUUCAAUUUUCUGUUGGAAUUGCACACAGGUCAAACAUCUGCCUUUCGGGUUGAAGUAUUAUAAAUUGAAAUAUUUACUUGCAAUUAGAAUUUUCAUGUAACUGAUAAUGAAAAAUCAAAAUCUUUCCGAAAGCAUCUGCAUAAAAUUGUAGUAUCUAUUACAAUAUCUAACGGAGUAUGGACGAAUUAAUUCAUACAAUAGAAUUUUUGAAUGUUUACAGGAUAAUAGGUGGGUGAUAUAAAUAAUUAAAUGAUCGGUGAGUGACGGUGAUCAAAAAAAAUUUUUUUUUUGAUUCAAUUAAAAGCUAGAUGUA